AUGGUAGCCAUUCAUCAAUCUAUUCCAUCUUUUCAACUUUCAUCGCCACCUAACCUUGAGAUCCUAUCAGUACAACUAGUAGCUAGGGGCUCCCCAAUAAUCUGUGUUGUAUAUGUACCUCCGAACUCUGACAACAGCUACCUAACCCCAUUAUUUGAUUACCUUAACUCUCUCUUAACCACCAAUUGGGUACUCCUACUGGGAGAUUUUAAUUCCCCAGACAUCUGCUGGUCUACUCUCUCUGGUAACACUCAAUAUUCUCGGACUCUCUGUGAUUUCAUUUUUCGUCAUAACCUCAAUCAAUUUGUAGACUUUCCAACACACACAAGUGGUCACAUCUUAGACCUUAUCAUUUCAUCUCCAGAAACAGACAUCUCUGGACUAAGCACUCUGUCCUCACCACUCAAAUCAGAUCAUCACUUGCUGGGUUUCUUUUUUCUUCUUUCCACUCACAUAUCCCGCCCUUGUGACACCUCCCCUAGAUUCUCCCACAACUACCGGAAAGCUGACUUUGACAGUAUUUCUGACUACCUACUCAAUCAUGACUUCGGUCAGUACUACGAAUCUUCUGACAUUGAGUUUCUGUGGCAUCACCUUCAAGAAACCAUCUUCUCAGCAAUCUCACUUUUUACUCCAACUAUAAGUAGGAGGCCACACUCCCACCCCCCCCCAUGGUUCACUCCCUCUGUAAGAAACCUACUGAACAAAGUUCACUUUCUACGGAGGAGAUGUAGGCUCAGACCAUCACCAACUGCAACAUCUCUCUUAUCUCAAGCAGAACCUGCCAUAAACAAAGAGAUUGCUGAUGCAAGGGUAGCUUAUGAAUCCACCCUAGUUGAGGCAUUUGCCUUCUCAAAGGACUCUGCCAUUUACCGCUAUAUCAGAAGCUUCUCUAAAUGUAAUGGCAUUCCUACUGUGCUGCAACAUCAGUCAGAACUACUCUCUACAGCUGUGGACAAAGCAGCUGCUUUCAAUAACUACUUUCACUCCGUAUUUAACUCAUCCAACACAGACAUAGAUGUAUCUAACUUACCUUUCCCAGACAAGUCAAUCUGUUCCAUCUCCAUAACUGUGGAGGACACUUUUGCUGUACUUUCCACACUGAACAUAUCUAAGUCAAUGGGUGGUGAUGGCAUCCCCCCUAUAAUACUCCAGAAGUGUGCUGCUGCUCUG